AUGAGCGAGACGGGAGAGACACAAGGAGAGCAGAUUAUCCGUUACAUCGAAUUAUCCCUGGAACUUCUAUAUGACUUAGGUGGAAUCACCGAAACAGAACAGGCUUGGGUUAAUGAGAAUGCGCAAUUUUAUAGCGUAGUGGAUGGUAAAAUCAGUCAAUCGUCAAGUAACUGGCACCGAGGAAACACGGCAGAAUCCAACACUAGGUGCUCCAUCUUCAGCACUUUUGUCAAUGGUGGAGGGUGGCAGACGCAGGCACUGUCUUUCUUCGUGGGGAUGCCGGGUUUGGGAUUUGCUCUGUUCGUCAAUGGUGUCCUAGGUUUUGUCAUGGUGACAUGCACCAUGUAUGUGAUUGGUGAUCUCGACACCGUCCUGACAGCCAUCGCAGCAGGCGAAAGCCCAGUUCUGCUGAUCUUCCAACAAGCGGUGCGGUCCCAGACUGGCACUGUGUUGAUGUAUGUCAUUAUUCUCAUUAUGGCCGGUGCAUGUAUGAUUGGCUGCUUUGCAACUGCCUCGCGUAUGCUGUGGUCUUUUGCGCGCGAUCAUGGUGUUCCUUUCUCCGGCUGGUUGAGUAAGCUCUCCCGGGAAUCUGUCCCCCUUCGAUCCCUGGCAGUGAACUGCUUGAUCGCGAUGCUCUUGUCGUUGAUCCUGCUCGGCUCGUCCAUCGGAUUCUCUGAUCUUGUCAAUUUGACUGUUGCUUGCCUAUACUCAUCCUAUAUAUGUCCUGCUAACCCAGACCCCCCUAUUCACCCAAGCAGUCUCCAUUGGGGUCCCUGGAAGAUCCCUGAGCCGUUUGGCCUGCUCAAUAACAUUUUUGCCUGCUCGUACCUCGUCCUGGUGUUUUUCUGGAGUUUCUGGCCAACUGUCAAGGACGUGAAAGCGUCAACGAUGAAUUAUAAUGUUCUUAUUUACGGGGUUAUUGUUGUAUUCUCAAUGAGCUGGUACUUCGUUCGUGCCCGGCAUUACUACAAAGGACCGCUUGUCGAGACAGGCAUUUAG